AUGGCGCCAUACACUGUGCUCAUCAGCGGUGCAAACAGAGGCAUCGGCAAGGGCCUCCUCGAACUCUACCUCGCCCGGCCAAACCACGUUGUCAUUGCUGCCAACCGCAACCCCGACCACGAAACGUCCAAGGCGCUCGCCGACCUCCCCAAAGGCCCGGGAUCCUCCCUCAUCGUGGUCAAGGUCGACGCCACCGCCGCCUCCGACGCCGCCGCCGCCGUGAAGCAGCUCGAGGAGGUCCAUGGCAUCCGCCACCUUGACCUCGUCAUCGCCAACGCCGGCAUCAGCUACUGCUGGCCCAAGGUGUCCGAGGUGAAGCGGGAGGACAUGCAGGCCCACAUCGAGCCCAACGUCUAUGGCCUUGUCUGGCUGUACCAAGCGACCCUGCCGCUGCUCGUCAAGGCUGCCAACCCAAAGUGGGUGAGCGUCGGGUCCUGCUCGGCCUAUCUCACGGUGCGUUUGGAGCAACUCGACAUGCCCAAUGCGGCAUAUGCGCCAUCCAAGGUUAUCGUUCACUGGCUCACAAAGGCCAUCCACCGCGAGGAGCCCGCUCUCGUGGCGUUUCCCCUUGACCCUGGCUGGGUGCAAACGGACCUUGGGAACACGGGCGCCCAUGCGUUUGGACACGAGUCGGCUCCACUGAAAGUGAGCGACGUGUGUGCCGGAACACUCAAGGUCAUAGAUGCUGCUACGCGAGAGACUCAUGGCGGCAGGUUGAUUCGUUAUGACGGUGUCGAGCUGCCAUGGUGA